AUGCGACGAUCUUUCUUAUUGAACUUGGUGGCGCUUUAUACCAUUUCCAGCAUGGCGUGGUUUUGUUCCGGCAGAACGAAUAGCCAGCUCAUCGAGAACUUGUGGCGCAGAGGGCUGAUAACGGACGCCCGUGCAAAGGAGGCUUUCCUCAAGGUCGACAGAGCGAAUUACUCCCCCGCAAGUCCAUAUGAAGACUCUCCCCAACCGAUCGGCCAUCAAGCCACCAUCUCGGCGCCACACAUGCACGCCAUGGCCAUAGAAAACGUCAUGCCGUAUCUCUUGCCCUCGGAGACGAACCCGGCUCCUCGCGUGUUGGAUGUUGGCUCUGGAUCGGGGUAUCUGACGCACCUGUUUGCCGAGUUGGUGGGCGAGAGGGGUUUGGUAGUGGGAUUAGAACACAUCCCCGCGCUGCAGAAUCUGGGAGAGUCCAACAUGCGGAAGAGUGUAGAGGGAAGCCGUUUGCUCGAUUCCGGAAAGGUCAAGUUUCGACUGGGAGACGGCAGAUUGGGGUGGGAGGAGCCGCCGCGGCGGGGAGAGGAGAAGCUUGGCACGGCUUGGGACGUAAUUCACGUGGGGGCUAGUGCUAAAGAGCUGCAUCCUAGCCUGACGGAGCAGCUUAAAGCCCCAGGGUGCAUGUUUAUACCCAUCGAUGAUGAUGAACGCGGUAUUUCGCAGUCCAUUUGGCGUAUAUCCAAGGACAAGGAUGGCAGGGUGGUUAAGAAGAACCUUUGCGGUGUUCGCUAUGUCAAGCUGACUGAUCCGCCGGCUUGA